AUGCAAGGGAUCUGGGGAGGUGAACAAGACUCGGAGCUGGAGUCUCCGAUCUUCACGGCAGUGCGGCAGGGGCAGGCAGACCUGAUACCGAUGAUCUGCCGGGCAGGAGGGAAAGUGACGGAGACCUUGAGCAACGGAGACACGCCAUUGCACGUGGCAGCCAGACAAGGAUACAAACUUUGCAUGCAAAUGCUUGUCAAGCAUGGAGCCAAUGUGUCGACAAGAAACAAAGACGGAAGGACAUGCGCGCACUUGGCUUGCGCAGGAGGGCAUGUAGAGGCGCUGAAGUACCUGGGGGAGGUAGGGGGCCGCGAGCUGCUGGCCCAGCCGGACAUGGACGGCUUCACAUGCGCGCACGAGGCGAUCAAGCAAGGGCAUGUAGAGGCGCUGAAGUACCUGGGGGAGGUAGGGGGCCGCGAGCUGCUGGCCCAGCCGGACAUGGACGGCUUCACAUGCGCGCACUUGGCGGGCGAGGGAGGGCAUGUAGAGGCGCUGAAGUACCUGGGGGAAGUAGGGGGCCGCGAGCUGCUGGCCCAGCCGGACAAUCAAGGAAGGACAUGCGCGCACUGGGCAAGUGAGAGAGGGCAUGUAGAGGCGCUGAAGUACCUGGGGGAGGUAGGGGGCCGCGAGCUGCUGGCGCUACCGGACCAUGAAGGCUGGACAUGUUGUUAUUUGGCAAGCGCAGGAGGGCAUGUAGAGGCGCUGAAGUACCUCGGGGAGGUAGGGGGCCGCGAGCUGCUGGCCCAGCCGGACAUUGAUGGAAGGACAUGCGCGCACUUGUCUUGCGGUGCAGGGCAUGUAGAGGCGCUGAAGUACCUGGGGGAAGUAGGGGGCCGCGAGCUGCUGGCCCAGCCGGACAAUCAGGGCUGGACAUGUGCACAUUUACUCAGCGAGGGAGGGCAUGUAGAGGCGCUGAAGUACCUGGGAAAGGUAGGGGGCCGCGAGCUGCUGGCACAACCAGGUCCACAAGGAAGACAUUGUACCAAUUUAGCGAGCGCAGGAGGGCAUGUAGAGGCGCUGAAGUACCUGGGAAAGGUAGGG